GGAGCCGCGGCGAGAGCAUAAACCACGAGCGAUUCGUCUGAUUGCGCGAGACACCCCCGGCUUCCAACAUUUACUGCUGGCUGAGCACCUCCGCGCCCACGGCGCGGCCCUCCUAUGUCAUGCCUGGAGGGGCCAAAAAGGCCGUGUUCCCGACCAUGGCCUUGCACGACCACGAACAGAUCCGGGAGGCGGCCGCCGAGCACAGAAAACAUCAUCACUUGGUCAGAGGCAAAUCGACGGAUGGCGGCAAGGAGAGCCCUGAGAAGGAAAAGGACCCGCACGCCAAGCACAAGGGAGGCAAAAAUCCGCCCAUGACCAAGUCCUUGUCUGGACACUCGACAGUCACAAAAUGUGAUUUUACAGACGGUCACCACCACCAUCACCACCACGGCGAGGGGCACCACCACCAGCACCACUCCCCGGAGCCACAGCAGCAGCAGCAGAGCCAUCACCACCACCACCACGAGCACCACAGCCACGGCAGCCAGCAGGAAAAGCAGCAGAACAACUCGGGCGGCAAGCAGCACCCUGAGCCGCACGCGGCCAAGUAAAAAUAUACACAGCGCGAAUAUCAAAACUUUAAAAUUAAAGCAAAAAUAUAAAAAAUGGCACCACAAAACGCAAAUUCGAGGAAAUAUAAAUUGAAGAGCCGACUGAUGAUCCAAAAUUUCAUCCGCACAAACUACAUAAGUGGAAUAUUUGUACUCUCGAGUUAAUUAAAACGCAGACACGUAGUUUCCCCACUCCUUGAAUUGAAUUAAAUGAUUAAAUUAUAAAUAAAACACACAAGCAGCAGCCAAGUUGACCACGUGACCAGGCAAGUUGAUAGCAGAAAAUCUCGAUGGAAAAGCAUAUGCAUAAUACAUAAUAUAUCCUGUCUAUACCUGAUCUUCUUGCUGUGAUUUAAUCCAAAGGUGGAAAUUUACUACUACACGAUACGCAUACAAUACGUCAAAAUAGCUUUCUCUGCUUCAAUACGCAUUAAUAUAUCGAGAAUAAUCGGCUUCUUGCGUGCUUUUUUCGCGUUUCAAACGGCUAACAGAUGGCUAUUAACAGUUAAUAAUUUAAUUGGACUUUCAUUGGGGGUCCAGAUUGCGAUCUGUGUUGGUUCCCGCGGGUCAGAAUUCAAUAUGGCAUCGAAAUUUAUAAUUAUUUGAAUAUUCACCCAUUUUGAAGCUGCGCAGUAAACUUUUGCGCAUCUUAAUCAUGCGCAGUAUGUUCAGAUCGCUUUUUCAUCUCACAAGGAGGCUAAAACUCAUUACUGCGCAUGCCUGACCCAAAUUAAAACCUUCUGCGCAGUCGAUAUUCCCACCGGGGGCCAGGUUGCGAUCUGUGUCAGUUCCCGCCAGUCAGAAUUCAAUAUGGCGUCGAAAUAAUGGUGACCAAUCAGGAGACAGUCUAGCGGCCAAUCAGAAGCGUCGGAAAAGGGGCGUGCCGACCUAAUAAUUUCAUUCCCGCGUAUUUUAUUACAUUUCCAUUCGCCUUUUGUGCCAUCUUACGGUUGAUUCGUCAAUUAACGGACUAAUCAGCUGUUUUUAAAGAUAUAACAACAAAAAUAUUCAUUUUGCUUAAAGUAUUUUCAUUUCCCCGGUUCGUAAAUUCAAUAAAAAAGGAUAUUUUAAUUAUAAAAAAACCUGUGGUGCCAUCUGUUUGCGGCUAGAUCAAAAAAUCACGCAAGAUGCCGGUGAAGCAACGCAUUACGCGCGCAUAAUAUACAAUAAUUACGAUUAGUGUGACGUUGAUUGUGAACAGAAUUAUCCAGCGACUCACUCAUUCACUCAGCUAUGAUGAUCUCAUUCCGGUACGCAAGCAAGCGAGCGAAUGUUGGUGUGUGCAGACUCCCACCCCGCCCCCCGUCGCUCUCCGGAGCCGAUCGAUAUACGCUCGUCGCCUCCGCCACCUCACUCGGCCCAAAAUAUAUUAUCUCUGCUCGGCGCACUUUCUGUUCUUUCUCAUGGCUCAAAUUUUGUUUGUGGAAAAUUAAAUUAAACUGUUGUUUUGCUCAAAAUCGGAUUGUUACUGAAUUCUGAUUUUUUUAUUUGCCGAGAAAACCUUUGAUCUCAAACGCCGGGGGCCAGGUUACGAUAUUUUUUUGGUUUCUGCCGAUUAGAAGUCAAUAUGGCGUCGAAAUUUAUAGUUGUUUGAAAAUACGCCCAUUUGGAAGCUGCGCAGUAUACUUGUGCGCAUCUUACGCAUGCGCAGUAAGUUCAGAUCGCUUCUUAAUCUCACAGGGAGGCUGAAACUCAUUACUGCGCAUGCGUGAAACAAAUUUAAACCUUCUGCGCAGUCGAAAUUCCCACCGGGGGUCCAGAUUUCGAUCUGUGUUGGUUUCCGCCGGUCAGAAUUCAAGAUGGCGUUGAAAUAAUGCAGGCCAAUCAGGAAACAGUCCAGCGGCCAAUCAGAACCGUCGAAAAAGAGGCGUGCCGUAACGGUCGAUUCACAAAUUACCGAGCUAAUCAGCUGGUUUGUAAAUUUCCCGCCACACUCUCUCUAACAGCCGACAUAUCUGAAACUGGCCCCCGGUGCAUGAAAGGUGGUUAAAAACUUUAAAUUUUCGGAAUCCUGGAAGUAUUGCAGUAAACUGUGAAAGAUAAUUAAUUUUUAAAAAGAGAACCACGCAGUUACCGCGUUCCCUUAAUUGUUUUUUGUCAUUUGCGCUGAUUACGAUCUGUGUUUUAACGUUAAUCUACAGUCUACACGCCAUUUUUAAAUUAUCCUAAUCACGUUUGGGCUGGACGAUAACAGGAAAUGCGUGUAUUAACUGUGUGACACCUGACCGCGAAAACAGUAUUCUUGUAACACACAUUUUUAGCUAGCAACUUCUUAAAACUCUUUCUCGUUCUCACGCAGAAUUCCGAUAGCUUCGAAAAUCGCUUGCUUUGUAAAAGUAUGUAAUCCGCUCUUUAUCUCUGCCUUUCGGUUUGGAAGGCUCUGUGAAUUUAACAACUUUCGGCUUUGAAUAUAUAUAACGGAAAAAUCAAAAGGUUAUUUGAAUUAAAAAUAAUAAGAAUAGAGUCAAUAGCUUGAUUCGUUCCCUUUUCUAUAGCUAAUUCUAGAAAGAAGAAAUUAAUCGAUGUAAUGAAACGUACAACCAACCACAUCCUUGAGUGUAUUCGUAACAACUGCCACCCCGAGAAAUAAAUUUGAAAAAUAUAUACACACACAACAAAAUAUAAAAAUAUAUUUUACAAGAAUUUGUCGCACCGUCAACAGAGGGAUUUUAACUGGAAUUUUCGUUUCGGAAAUAUACUCGGCCUAACGUACUAAAAAAAUGAAUCUUUUUUUUGUCCUCUUUUGGAGGUUGUCUUUAAAACCUCGAAGCAAGGAGAACUCGCGGGCUUUUGGCCAGUAAUUAAUUAUAUUAAAACAUGAAAGUUCCUUCGUGAUAUACAUGAGCGAAUUCGCCAGUUGCAUAAAUCCUAAGUGUUCGAAGCCGCCAACAGAUGGCGCCACCGUAGACUUUAGAUUUUAAGGCCCUUCCGCUGCGAUUUCAGACUCAAUCUAGCUACUGUGCAUUCUUCAAUUAAUUUGCUAUUUUUUGACGUGCUGAAAACCAAAAUCGGUUCAGCCAAUCGCCGUAGAAUCAUGAAAAACUAUUUUUUGAAAUACAAAAAUAUUUUCCAACGUUUCUACGGCGAAUGGCUGAACCGAUUUUGGUUUUCAGCACGUCAAAAAAAAGCAAAUUAAUUAAAAAAAGCAAAAUAGCUAGAUUGAGUCUGAAAUCGCAGCGGAAAUGCCUUAAAACCGCUUAAAACAAAAUUUUUAAGAAUGUCUGUGGUUGCGCCAUCUGUUGGCGCCUUUAAUAACUAAGGGUUUAUGCAACUGGUCAAAUUAAAUCAAUACAAUAGCUAGAUUUUCCCCCUGUUUGAUUGCGUCCAUAUUUUCACGCAGAAAAUAAUAUUUUUACCGCACAAACCUCUUUGAAUUAUUGUAUUUGUAAAAUUGGCAUAUUUCUGGUUCUGGCAGAGCCGGAAACCUAGAUUAAUUAUAAAAUUGUUGGCAUAGAGAUGCGCAAAAGGGUUUCAUUAAUUUCUGGAAUGUGUUCGUGCCGCGGAAUUCUGGCCGAUUGGUCGCCCCGCCCACUUUUAUAACCCUCUGCAUCGCCCGCACGAGCAGUGAAGUUAGCUUUAGGAGAGGUCUACCACAUGGAGCUAACGUCACUCCGAUCAGCUGACUCGUGCGCGCGAUGCGGAGGGAUAUAAAAGUGGGUGGGGCCACCGAUCGGCCAAAAUUCCGCGGCAUGAACGGUUUGAAGUCAGGGUUUGAAGGGAAAUCGUCAAGUUUCCCGUUUGUCACGCCCUCUUUUGUGGGAAUUGGCGAUUUUCUCUGGUUUAAAUUGUUUUUGCGCAUCUCUAAUUGGA